CACCUCCUCCACCUCCAUGGCUCACCACCACGUACAGCAAACACCAACUCAGCUAGCUAUACUCUACUCAUCUUCUCUGCCAGCUGCUACUACACCAACCAGAGCUAAUCAAGUAACAAUGGCGGGAAGAGGCAGUGCCAUGGCGGCGGUUGGUGUGCUGGUGCUCCUCUGCGUGCUCCUCCACGGCGAGAUGGCCGAGUCGGCGGUGUUCACCGUCGGCGACCGCGGCGGGUGGGGGAUGGGGGCGGGAUCGUGGGCGAACGGGAAGCGGUUCAAGGCCGGCGACGUGCUGGUGUUCAAGUACGACUCGUCGGCGCACAACGUGGUGGCGGUGAACGCCGCCGGGUACAAGGGCUGCACCGCCGCCCCGCGCGGCGCCAAGGUGUACAAGUCCGGCAACGACCGCGUCACCCUCGCCCGCGGCACCAACUACUUCAUCUGCAACUUCCCCGGCCACUGCCAGGCCGGCAUGAAGAUCGCCGUCACCGCCGCCUAGUUCUUCUUCUUCCUCGUCGUCGUCGUCUCCGUCGCCGGCAUGGCGCCAUGCCGUCCAUCUCAACCAGCUGCUUAUUAUAUCUAUAUACAAAUGUUUGUCGAUCGUGUGUGUUCUAACCACCAUCAGCUGAUUUAUAAUUCUACGAAUGAAGAAUACGAUCCAAUGCAUCUAUGCAUGCAUACACACAUGGAUCAAUAUAUAAUAGUUGUACACUUCUUUGAGUGACGGAUGUUGUAUCCGGUGAAAUUUAUAUACAUAUAAAUAUGAAUAAAAGCCACAUUAUGCAGGUUCUUGAA